UCUUUACAUUUCUCAAAUUAUACAAAUAUACAUAUACAUAUCAAUAUCUUUUGUAUUAGCUUGUUUGGAUGGAAAAUUCUUUCCAGGAAAACGAAAUUUUCCUAGAAAGAAUCAAGUUUUGGUUGUUCUAUUUUGUUGGAUUUCAAGUUGUGAUGUUCAAUUGUUGCUUUAGGGUUCAUCUGAAUUCUCUUUGGAUGUUUAAAUUUGAAUGAAUUGUUGAUAUGAGAACUUGAUAUGUUUGAUGGAGAAAAUUCAGGAGGUGAUUUGUGGUUUAUUUUUAUCCCAAUCAAGUUUGAAUAAGGUAUGUCGAUAAAUUGCGGUUCAUUGUAAUAAUGCUAUUAAUUCUUUACCUUUUUUUUGGGUUUCGGAACAGCCUAGCUAUUCCCUCUGGAUGAUUUGAGAAAGAGGAGAAAAAAAAAAUGCAUAGUCUGAUUCAUCUUAGCGUUUUAUUCUUUCGGCAUUAGACAUUGAUUUUUUUUUUUUUUUGGGAAUAAUUUCUAGCAUUGCUUUGAAUUUGCCAUUGAUUCUAAUGUGGGAGCUCAAAAUUUGUUGGUUAUGAUGAGGAAUGGUACAUUAUAUUUGAAUCAUAUUUCUAUCAUGAUUGUUUAAAAAAUUGAUAUGUUCUAGUUGUUAGGAAAAUGAAUAUGUUAUUUUUAGAAAUAGUUUGUAUCAUUGUAUGAGUUUGGAAAGAUGGAUAAAUUGUUUGGAAUGGUUUACUUAUCCAUAUGUUGAUGCCUUGUUUUAUUGCUGAGAAGACGUAAGACAAUAAGUGAAAUGCGAGAUUUAGGUUUUUUGGUUUUGUUUGAUACCAAGCCAAACCAAGCCUUAAGUCCCAUCAAAUGAAGUCGGCUUGGUUUUGUUUGAUAAAACUUAAAAUUUCUGGUGCUAAGUAAUGAAUUUAUAAAUUUAAAAUUUUUAUGAGAAAUAUAUUACUAUUAGAGAAUGAAAGGGAUACACUGUGUGUAUUCAACAUUAAGUGAUAAGUCAAGCCUCUUACUGAAAAUUAAGACCUAUUUGCAGUCAACUUUCAUGUUUAAGUGAUAGUUGAUUAUGAGUUAUCAAACACACUUAAUUGUAGAACCCCUAAAUGUGUCAAGUUUAAAGCACUUAAUUGAGUUAUCAAACAAAGCUUUAGAUUUGGUUGUUUGACAUGUGGGAAUAAUAAUCUUUCAUGCUCAAUUUGUUUUGACAAAAAUUUGUUGGAUUGUCAUGGGAAACUUUUUUUUCCUGGAAGCAAAUUGAAGAUGCUAUAUUAACUGUCGUUUCGUAGCAACAUCAUUGGCUCUGUUGUGGCUGUGGAUUCAUAUUUUUGUAAAAUUUGUUUUUUAUGGUGGUUCUUUGCAGAUAUUAGCUAAUGAUCUUCUAUAAAAUUUAUUUUUGCAACAUUAAUAAUUAUUGUGGUAGUAUGUUAGAAAGGAAUAAAUUUUUAGUGGAGAAAGAAAAUUUUUGUAUGAUAUUUCUUUAGUGGAAUAUAAAUGGAUGGCUGUGUGUAUAGGCCCAAUCAGGAAUAUAUUAUGGGCAAGAUAUUGGAAAUGUGACAAGCUUUGGACAUUCAAGGGUACCCUCAGACCAUGCUAGUCUAUUUGUAAAAGGAUUGGCUCAAAAAGGCUCUCCCCCAUGGCGAGAUGAUGGCAAAGAUGGACAUUACGUGUUUGAGCUUGGAGAGAAUUUAACUCCGCGCUGUAAUUUCACCUUUUCACUGUUGAAGGAAUCUUUGGUUUUGAAGCAUUUUUGUUAUGUGUGUUGUUGAUUUUCUAUGUUUGACUUUUACUGUCAAUUACUUCCCUUUUUAUUACACAAUGACAUUGAAACUUUUGCAUUCUAGUCUUUCACUUAUUCAAUUUUUCAUUGCAAAGUUUUUCAGCUUUGAAGUUAUUUGUAGUUUUUAUAUUGUGGAUGAUUUGCCAUUAAACAAAUGCAAAGUAUUGAAAAAAAUUUGUGCUUGGGCUCUUAAGAUAUUUUUCAGUGCCAUUAGUUGCCUUUUGAAAAAAACAAUUUGAUCUCUUCCACUUCUUUUUAUGUUAUUUAAUUUUUUCCCCUGGUUUGCGUUUAAAAUCUUUUAAUUUGAUUCUGUUGAAGUGAAAUGAACUCAAUACUUGUACUUCAACGUUGUUUUAUCAAAUUUUUUUCUAACUAUUCCAUCACUUCAUUACCUUAUUCUCUUUGCUUUCUGUUCUUGCAGAUAAGAUUCUCAGAAAAAUUGGUGAAGGUUGGCCUUGUCACUUCUUUCAGGUACCUUUGGACAGGUUUUGGAAUGCUGGGAUAGGGAAGCAAAAGAGAUGGUUGCCAUAAAAAUUAUUAGAAGCAUUAAAAAGUAUCGCGAAGCAGCAAAAAUAGAAGUAGAUGUGCUUCAAUUGCUUGGUAGAUAUGAUAGAAGUGGCAGUCGUUGCGUUCAAAUACGGAACUGGUUUGAUUAUCGUAAUCAUAUUUGUAUAGUCUUUGAGAAGCUUGGACCAAGUUUAUUCGAUUUUCUUCGGAAAAACAAUUAUCGCUCAUUUCCGGUUGAUCUAGUCCGUGAGAUUGGCAGACAAGUGUUGGAAUGUGUAGCCUUUAUGCAUGAUAUGCGCCUCAUCCAUACAGACUUGAAGCCUGAGAACAUACUUUUUAUUUCACCGGACUAUGUGAAAAUACCCGACUACAAGGUUGCAUCCUGGUCACUGAAAGAUGGAUCUUGUUUUAAGAGGUUGCCGAAGUCAAGUGCUAUUAAGGUUAUUGAUUUUGGUAGCACAGCUUACGAGCAUCAAGACCACAACUAUAUCAUUUCUACUAGGCAUUACCGUGCACCUGAGGUUAUUCUUGGUCUUGGAUGGAGCUAUCCUUCUGAUCUAUGGAGUGUUGGUUGUAUCUUGAUGGAAUUAUGCUCAGGAGAAGCUUUAUUCCAGACGCACGAGAACUUGGAGCACCUGGCCAUGAUGGAGCGGGUUUUAGGCCCAAUACCUCAGCAUAUGUUGAAAAGAGUAGACCGACACGCUGAAAAGUAUGUCAGAAGAGGCAGAUUGGACUGGCCUGAGGGUGCAACCUCCCGGGAGAGCAUCAAAGCCGUUUUGAAGCUACCCCGUCUUCAGAAUCUAGUGAUGCAAUAUGUAGAUCAUUCAGCUGGAGAUCUCAUAGACCUCUUGCAAGGUCUCCUUAGGUACGACCCUUCCACCAGAGUGACCGCUCAUGAAGCCCUGAGGCACCCUUUCUUUACCGGAGAGUAUCACAGGAGGUAUUAAGUAGAGUAUAUGCUCGGAUGCUUUAUUGAUACUGGAGACACGUGCUUUCUGAUUUUUGCAUGGAGUGGGAUGAUUGGCCUGUUGGGAGAAGAAAUCCUGUCAUUCAAGGUUUGUACUGUUCAAUUUGCUGUUACAGCAGAGAUUCAUCAUUUAUAUGAACAUUUUGCACUUUUGAACAUGGACAAUUCUGGGUACGCAUGUUUUCUUUAAUAUUCAUUUUAUACACAGCGUGAGCUAUAAUUAUCCUAUCGACUCAGUGUAUAACUGCUGUGGACGUGUAAUUUGUCUUGGUUUCCUGAUAUUGCAUCAUAUUUUUGUGUGCUCUGUAAUGCCUUCUCUUUACUUUCUCGCUGGUCGGAAAAUUUAUUUCCGUUCUCAGGAAA